GGGAAGGUUGGCAGCGCCGGGCUGUCGCAGCGGCCGCCCGCUCCCCUUCUCCGCACCGCAGGCAGAGCAGCGCCGGCGAAGCACCACAGCAGCGAUGGGCAAAAGUAUGUUGGGCGGGGACAGGCUGAGCAGGGCUGCGGCACAAGGCGACUGGCGGGAGGUGAAACGUCUCCUGAGCGAGGAGAAGGUGAAUGUCACCGCGGUGAAUGCCUACGGACAGACCGCACUGCAGGUGAUGAUGAUGGGGUGCACCUUCGUUGCAGAGGAACUGCUGAAGAAUGGGGCGAACCCUAAUGUCCAGGAUAAAAAUGGCUUCUCCCCAGCACACGACGUGGCCCGCAGUGGCUUCUUGGAUACCAUGAUGGUCCUGACAAAGUACGAGUCGGACGUGAACCUGGAGGAUGCCUCGGGCUGUCUGCCAAUACACCUUGCAGCCCAAGAGGGCCACUUAAACCUUGUUCAGUUCUUGGCUCCAAGGUCAAACAUUUGGCACAAGAACUCCAGUGGGCAGACCCCGCUGGACCUGGCAAGGGCUUCUGGUAGAACUGAGGUGGUCGAAUGGUUGGAGGAGCAUUUCCAAGUGAUAGAAACCCAGAGCCCCCACUGAUUCACAGGCCACUGAGACACUGACAUUUCCUCAAUUUAACCUUCUCGAACCAUGGUGUGUUCCAUAUUGCACUGCAUUUUUAUUUUAAAUUUCUCCUUGGAUCUUGAACUGGGGUGGAAGGUCCCCCCCAUUGCCCCCCCCCCCCAAAAUAUUUGGUGGCCAUCUUACCAAAAGAUAACCGAAUUCCUCAAUCAAUGAUGAGCAGAUUUUUUAAUAUAUUUUUGCCACCUUAUUGUUAUGUAAAUUUGAAAGGGAGCCACGGGCAGAAGUGACUACGAAGUCUGCGGUGCUCUCCCACCAAGGACUUUGCACACGUUUCCUCAGGAGCCCUGGGCAUUGCAGGGGUGCUGCAGUGAUCUGUACACCAGUGCAGUUCUGCAGACUUGGUAUUCGGGAAACACACACCAUGGAAGGGCUGCCUGGGUGGAAGAGAACUGAAGUCCGUGGACAGAACACUGCUGGGAGCCACUUGGUCAGUGGAUCUGGAGAUCAGCACUGAACCAUGAGAUCUCUGAGACGUGGGGAUGGGUGGGGGUGAAAUCAGCUGUUCUGCCCAUGUGGCCUCGGGGAAAGUAGUGUCUCUGAAAAAGGAAUAUCCCAGAUAACAGGGGAGCUAAAGAUCCAAGGCUUCAUGUUUUGUUUUAACCAAUGUGUGUUUACAUUGAUUUAAAGUACUGUAAAAAUGACUUGUGCUUUACAAAUUUUUUAAAGUUAAAAUGGUUUAUUAUUUUAUUUUUGUUCUUGAAAGGAAACAGAAAGUAGUUAAUGUAGCAACGAACUGUUCCUGGGUGCUUUAAUACUUCAUAAACGAGUGUAUGUUCAUUUAUCUGGUUUUAUUUUGAAAAUUAAUUUCCAUUGACUAAAGGCAUUGCUUUAAAUGCCUCUUUUUUUUAAAUCAAGAAAUCAUGCUUAACUUCUUAGAAGAAAUUGUGAAGCAUUUAAGGUUCUGGGUGUGAUCUAUUUGAGCAACAUUGCACAUAUGCAAGGCGUGUUUGUAUGUUUUCAGGUUUCAUGGAGCAGGUAGACAAAAGUGUGAUCAACAGAACACAGGCAGAGAUUCCAGAGUUAAAAAGCAUGGAUUUUGGGAUGUAUGUACAGCAUGAAGAGGAGACCUUCUUUAUCUGGAUUGCGUAGGUACCAGGAGGAAUCCACUCACUAAUUUCACGCAGCUACUGUGAUGGAAAAAUCCCCAUUAGGCAAACAGCAGUCCUGGGACUUGUUUAAUUUAAUGCCAUUUAUUCUUUGCAUCAGGCUAACAAACAGCAUCUUCUUUAGCAUUAGAUUAGUUGGUGGCAUUGGCAUCAUCUACUUGUGGGAGAUGAAAGUUAGUGAAAGUUUGAUGUUAAAUUUUCACACAGAAAGACUGAAUUUUCCUUGAUCCUGUAGUGAUACUGUAGACAACAACAAAAUGUUGGAAACACCCAGCAAGGCAGACAGUGAAAUCCAGUUAACAUUUCAGACCAGUCGUCUGAACAGUGAUGCUGUAAUUAUAGGGAUCAAGUGUCUAUUAAAUUUGUCUAAAUAGUGGAAGGGUGUGGCCACAGAUGUAGGCAUCUCACAGCCUAGUUUCCAUAUAAGGUACAUGCAAGAUGUAAAACAAGUUGAGUAUUUUGUUUAUGAUCCAUUUAACUCCCACGUGUUGGUAGACUUAGCAGCUGGCUUCUUCUCAUGGAAUGUGUAUUCCGGUUCUGAGGAGCCAGAGGUGGAGAACUCUCAGGUUCUGAGCCCAGGACAGGUUGAGUAAUCUGAUCUCAGCCAAGAUCUUCCCCAGGAAGGACACAGAUCAGCUCCUCACCUCUUGGCUGGGGAGAGUGGGAACAUCUCCUCCUGUUCUAGUCUCCUGGAAGGGAGAGAAGUCUAAAGGAAAAUUUAGAGAGGACUAUGGCUGUCCUUUAUCAUCAAGCUAUUGAUUUCAGUUCCAUAGUAUUCCUUUUGUGUAGGGGUGACUAAAUGCUAGAGUGUGGAAAAUUACAGUGAAGCUGGACUUCUCCUGUGCUGUUGUCAAGGAUCUGUGCAGUUUCUCAUCCAUCUCUCCACCCUCUACUUUCCGAUAUCACCAUGUCUUUGACAAGCAGUUACUCAGCUUGCUGCCUCUCCUGUGGCUAUAUUCACUCACACUGGCCUUGCCUGCUUUGUCUCAGCACUUAUCAGCACUCUCGCUCCUGGUUCAGAGGGUUGUGGGUUCAAGCAUCAACCCUGGAGACUUGAGGGCAUAAAUCUAGGCUGACACUCAAGUGAGGGUGUGCCGCAUUGUUGAAGGAGCCUCCCCUUGUAUUGAACACAGGUGAACAGUAAAGGUUCUUGGCAAUAUUUAGAAGUUAGCCUUCAAGUCCUGGGCAAUAUUUACACUCUACUUAACAUCACUAAAGCCUGAUUAUCUGGCCAUUAUCACAUUUUUAUUAAUGGAAGUUUGUGCGCAAAUUGGUUGUUGCAUUUCCAACAUAACAGUGCUGAUGCUUAAAAAGUAUCUUGUUGGCCAUGGGGCAAUUGGAAGCCAUGAGAGGUUCUACAGAAAUUCAAGUCUUCAACUUUUUCUGCCUUUGGGAACUUUCCUCAUGACUCAUUUCUUGGAGCCUUAUCUGUUUCUUUCCAUAUUGGUGCUUGUCCUCAUUUCUGUCCAUUUUUCUGUGGAGAGUUGGGAUGUUUUUAGCUUUACUAACACUGUUUAAAUGUGUUGCUGUUGUUACUGUUCAGCACGAGUUUGAAGUUUUGAAAUCUAUUUGUGCUUUUGCCUAGAUCAUUAACUUAAAGGUCCCUGACAUUAAGAAUAGGGCAUGGGACUGCCCGCCAAUUAAGGCAAUCCCAAGCAGACAGACACUGCAGAAAGAGAAGAAUCUGAGUUGGGAACGUUCUGAAGACUUUAUAGGUUGAUGUUGCACAUAUAAUUAUAUUUAUGAAGUUGAAUUUAUUGUUGAGUGGAUUAUACUUUUUUUAAAAUUGCAAAUAAAUUAUAACUUGUGAAAAUUUAAA